AUGGGCGGCAUUAAUCUGGAAAUCUUCAAAUUCGGUUUGUACGUCAUGUUCCCCAUCGGCAUCAUGUACCAUUUCGGCACGAACCUCGAUAGCCGCUUCUCCGUGCCGAAUUUCUACCCUAAACCCGAGGAGUGUAACAGACUCCCCCGCGACAGAGACGAGGUGAAGGCCGAGUAUGAGCGUAUCAUAGCGCGGCAGAGGUUCCGGCAAGCCCAGCUUCAGGAUGAGCAACGCCAACGCACCUUGUUGAAGGGCAACCAAAGCGACGGCAACGACUCUAGAAACGUUGACGAUUGA